GCCCCACGUGAUAACCCAUCGUCCGUAAACACACCCGAAAAGCCUCAACAAGGUCGCAUUAAUUUAGAACUCCUCUUAGCUUCACAGCUGUUUAAUCUCUGUCAAGUCACCACUUCUCGUGUGUGUGACCUGCUGCUCUCUUCUUACUUCUUAGUCGCUUUCUUCUCCAGCAUUGCCAUGGAAGCUCCGUCUCUUAACCUCCUCCUCAUCAUCAUUGUCUCUCUUCUCUUCAUUUCACUCCCGAGAUCUGAACCUCUCCCCGAAAACCCACCCUUGGUUCUUCUUGGCCACGGAUUCGAAUGGCCGACCUCUCACGGCGACGCAUUCGACAUAGAAAGCUUUGAAGAUGCGGAGGAGGACGAAGACGACGACGUCGGUGUAUCAGAUCGACGGUCGUUGUACUGGAAAAGGAGGAGAUACUACAUCUCCUACGGUGCAUUGUCGGCGAACAGAGUCCCGUGUCCUCCGAGAUCUGGAAGGUCUUACUACACUCACAACUGCUUCAGAGCUAGAGGUCCAGUUCAUCCCUACACUCGAGGCUGCUCGUCCAUCACUCGUUGCCGGAGGUAGAACAAAAGAUCUGCCGCUUUGUCCGUCCACUUGCAUUUUCGUAAUAUUGUGUUAAACCGUGAUUUAAUUACGUUUCUAAAACUUAAUUAAGACCGGGGAUUAUUAUUACAGUGCUAUUUCAUGUAUUAAAAAUUUAUGGUAAUUACCAAGGUCACGUGGUUUUUGGGUUUGUAAUUUUGCUACUGAACUUGUGUUAUCUUUUUGUCGGUGAGUUUUAAAUUACUACUGUAUUAUUUUUGUACUGUUUUAUGAACUUAAGUCACGUCUA